AAAGCUGCCAGAAAUGUGCAUGCAAAGCUGAUCAGGUCAGUUGUCCAUGCCACACCACGCUUCUUUGAUUCGACACCAUUCGGCCGGAUCAUUAACCGGUUCUCCCGCGACAUGGAAUCGAUUGGCACGAACACCCUAGAUUCACUCAUUUGGAUGUUUGCAGACUUCACCUCUGCAUUGGGUGUUAUCAUCAUCAUCACUGCAGUUACGCCGCCAUUCAUUUUUGUUGCUGUUGUCAUCACACGUUAUUUGGAUUCAACCCGCGAACUGAAGCGACUCGAGUCAAAUGCCUCAGCGCCGCUGCUGUCGCUGUUUGGCGAGCUGAUACAGGGUGUAUCGUCGAUCCGCGCGUUUGGUCUCAAAAAGUACUACAUCAUGGAGGCUAUUAACAGAUCAGAUGAGCUGAAUCGCCCCCGCUGGAUGUCUGUCCGACUUGAUGCCGCAGGUGCAACAGUGUCGUUCUUCUGCGCCUUCUUCAUCUUGUGGAAUGUCCACAGCUUCGACGCCGGUCUUGCUGGGUUUGCGUUGGUACAUGCACUGCAGUUUAAAGACUAUAUGCUGUUUGCCAUCCGGAACUAUGGCGACAAUGAGCUGAACAUGAACGGUGUUGAGCGGGUUAGCCAGUAUCUAAAGCUUGACCAGGAGGCCAGCGCUCAGUCGACGCCCGAGAACAAGCCCGUCAGCAACUGGCCCAGGACUGGUGACCUUGAGAUUGAGGACCUGGUCGUCGAGUACGUGCCUAAUGUCCCAGUGUUGCAUGGCCUGAGCAUGUCGAUCAAGCAUGGCGAGAAAAUUGGUGUGGUUGGUCGCACCGGCGCUGGCAAGUCGACGCUGUCGCUGGCGUUCCUGCGGUUCAUCGAGGCAGCCAAGGGCCGGAUCGUGCUCGACGGGGUCGACAUCUCGAAGAUUGGCCUGGAGGAUCUCCGUCGCAAUGUCACUAUCAUCCCGCAGGAUCCGGUGCUGUUCAACGGCACUAUUCGCUUCAACCUUGACCCGUUCAGCGAGUACCCCGAUGAGAUUGUGUGGGAUGCGCUGCACCGUGCGCAUCUGGUGCGCGAGCGUGGCAGCCAGACCGCCAGCACCGCAAUCAGCGUGUUUGAAGGCAAUGCCAUCGACAGCUCGCUGGAGCGCAUGUCGGGCAUAUUCACUAGCCUGGAGGCCGAGAUCAAGGAGAAUGGCCAGAACCUGUCGCUGGGUCAGCGUCAGCUGGUGGCGCUGGCUCGCGCUCUGGUCCGCCGGUCGCGACUGAUCAUCAUGGACGAGGCAACGGCGUCGGUCGAUUUCGAUACCGAUGACCGUAUCCAGCGCACGAUCCGUGGCUCCGAGUUUGCCGACUCGACCCUGUUCUGCAUUGCUCACCGGCUGCGCACCAUCAUCGACUAUGACCGCGUGCUGGUACUGGACAAGGGCAAGGUUGCCGAGUUUGACACUCCAGCCAACUUGCUCAACAGACAAGGCAGUAUCUUCCGGAGCAUGUGUGAAAAGUCCGGCGAGUUUGAAUAUCUUGCCGAUGCUGCCAAGCGAGCCCAAGAUGCCAAGCAGUUUUCUUAAAAUUAGCACGAUUCAAUACAGAGCCACAAUUGCAG